UUUUUUUUCCAGCUGCUCGUGGUUUUCUCGCUCUCUAGCCUUCUGCACGUCUUUCCCCUCCGCCCGGGGUUCCCCCCGGAGCCCUGUCCGCCAUGCGGCUCCUGCCUCUGGCCCUGGGUGUGCCCCGGCGGGGCAGCCCUCGCCACCUGCCCUACUGCAGCUCAGCGCCGCUGCUGCUGCUGCUGCUGGGAGGCUGCCUGGGGGUCUCCGGGGCGGCGGCGGGCUCUCGGAGGCCUAAUGUGGUGCUGCUUCUCGCCGACGACCAGGACGAAGUGCUCGGCGGCAUGACACCACUAAAGAAAACCAAGGCUCUCAUUGGAGGGAUGGGGAUGACUUUCUCCAGUGCUUAUGUGCCAAGCGCUCUUUGCUGUCCGAGCCGAGCCAGUAUCCUGACAGGGAAGUACCCACAUAACCAUCACGUCGUUAACAACACUUUGGAGGGAAACUGCAGUAGUAAGUCUUGGCAGAAGAUCCAAGAACCAGAUACUUUCCCAGCAAUUCUCAGAUCAAUGUGUGGUUAUCAAACCUUUUUUGCAGGGAAAUACUUAAAUGAGUAUGGAGCCCCAGAUGCAGGUGGACUAGCACACGUUCCUCUAGGCUGGAGUUACUGGUAUGCCUUGGAAAAGAAUUCUAAAUACUAUAAUUAUACCCUCUCUAUCAAUGGGAAGGCACGGAAGCAUGGUGAAAACUACAGUGUGGACUACCUGACAGAUGUCUUGGCCAAUGUCUCCUUGGACUUCCUGGACUACAAGUCCAACUCUGAGCCAUUCUUCAUGAUGAUCUCCACUCCAGCACCUCAUUCGCCUUGGACAGCUGCACCUCAGUACCAGAACACCUUCCGGAACGUCUUUGCACCAAGAAACAAGAACUUCAACAUCCAUGGAACGAACAAGCACUGGUUAAUUAGGCAAGCCAAGACCCCAAUGACUAAUUCUUCAAUACAGUUUUUAGAUAAUGCAUUUAGGAAAAGGUGGCAGACUUUGCUGUCAGUUGAUGACCUUGUGGAGAAGCUGGUCAAGCGAUUGGAGUGCAGCAGGGAGCUCAAUGACACCUACAUCUUUUACACGUCAGACAAUGGCUAUCACACAGGACAGUUUUCUUUGCCAAUAGACAAAAGACAGCUGUAUGAGUUUGAUAUCAAAGUUCCACUGUUGGUUCGAGGGCCUGGGAUCAAACCAAAUCAGACAAGCAAGAUGCUCGUUGCCAACAUUGACUUGGGUCCUACUAUUUUGGACAUCGCUGGCUACAAUCUGAAUAAGACACAGAUGGACGGGAUGUCUUUCUUGCCCAUUUUGAAAGGAGCUAGUAAUCUGACUUGGCGAUCGGAUGUCCUGGUGGAAUAUCAAGGAGAAGGCCGUAACGUCACUGACCCAACGUGUCCUUCCCUGAGUCCUGGAGUGUCCCAGUGUUUCCCAGACUGUGUGUGUGAAGAUGCAUAUAACAACACGUAUGCCUGUGUGAGGACCAUGUCAGAAAUGUGGAAUUUACAGUAUUGCGAGUUUGAUGACCAGGAGGUGUUUGUAGAAGUCUAUAACCUGACUGCAGACCCACACCAAAUCAAUAACAUUGCUAAAAGUAUAGACCCAGAGCUUUUAGGAAAGAUGAACUAUCGGCUAAUGAUGUUACAGUCCUGUUCUGGACCAACCUGCCGCACUCCAGGGAUCUUUGACCCCGGAUAUAGGUUUGACCCUCGUCUCAUGUUCAACAAUCAUGGCAGUGUCAGGACUCGAAGGUUUUCAAAACAUCUGUAGCACCGCUGCGGUUGGAUCCCUUGCACGCCUCUUUCUGAUGAAGUGAUUGUAGUAGGUGUGUCUGUAGCUAGUCUUCAAGACCAUGCCUGGAAGGGUUUCUGGACUGGCUUUAAGUCCUGUUUGAAAAAGCAACCCAAACAAACAGCUGACUUCCUUGUGCAGUGUGUUAAACUGUGAACUCUGCCUGUGUGUCAGGAGUGGCUGUCCCUGGUCCCUUUAUUCAACUGAUGAUGAUACUCCUGAGGUCUUUGUUCUCACCAAACCCUUUCUGUCCUGGGGCCACAGUUCUUGAUGAUUCCCCAUGUGGUCAAAGUCUAGAUUUGUAAAUCCA